ACUCCGACGCCUCGUUUUACACAGUUCACUGGAAAUUAAAAAAAAAAAAAAAAAAAAAAGCUGAAAUGUUUCGUUUGAAACCAGCCUUCCGCAAGCCACCGCCUCCUGCACUGACGACAGCCAUCCCGACAUUCUUAGUAGAGCUUAAUUAGAUGAUAUGCAUUAGAAGUCGGGCUUUAUUAUUUCCGGAGGUGUAAAAAGGGGAUGCCAACAAACAUAGAGUCCCUCCACACAGACCUAUUGUUCGAAAUCCUCCUCCGUUUGCCGGCCGAUCAUCUCUACGAGAGAGCGAGGCUCGUGUGCCGGCAGUGGUACCACAUUAUCCAUUCUCAUGCCUUCAUCAACGCGCAGAUGCACGGUGCUACCUAUGGACUCCUCCUAUCACCCAUAAAGGGUUAUACUCUGCCACUUUAUGUAACAGCCACCACAGACGGCGGAAUCCACACAUCUGAGCUAACUUACCUUUUCAAAAGGGAAGUUCUUGCUACCAACAACGGUUUGGCUGUUGAGAUUGAUUCCAAAUGUUACUUCCUCCCUCGCCUUGUGAAUCCAGCAACGAAGCAGUCACUCCUCCUCCCACCAUUGCCUAUAGGCGUACGCGUAUUUUAUGCCCCGUUCAAGUAUGGUUUUGCAUACUCUGCAGCUUCCUUGGCGUAUAAAGUGAUUGCACCGUACGUUGUUACCCAAUCGCCACCACCCCAAAAAACUGACUACGGUCUUGACGUGCUCACUGUUGGAAUCAAUGAGUCCUGGAGGCACGUCGAGGUUCACCACCUCCCCGACCAUGUCAGGCCGUUUUUCUUCGAUAAGGCUCCCUUGACUAGUGAAGGUUUCCUGCACUGGGGAAGCGGGAGAUACUGCGUGACGUUGGAUGUGGAGACGGAGAUCAUUACACUGAGUGAAGCCCCUUAUGAGUACAAUGAACGCGACUAUUAUUAUCUGUCAACUGGGAGGUGCCUGUCUCUCCUGAUUGCAUGUGGGGAUCUGUCGUGGGAGGUUUGGGAGAUGAAGGCAGAGACGGGCGAGUGGAGGAAGGCGCUGCCCAACGUCGACUUGGGAGCUCAGAAACGCAGGAUUAAACAGUUUGCUCCUAAAGAUGCUCGAGUUCUUUCUAAGCCACUUGGUUGGGUUAAAUAUCCAGAGGUUUUGGCCUUCCAUUUUGGCGCCUAUUUUUAUGGGGAUCAAUGGCGGCACUGCAUUUUGUACAAUCUUGAUACGCAUCAACUCCACUCCAUAGAGCUACCGCACAACUAUACUAAAGGUUGUAAGGCUUUUCCGUAUAAGAACAGUCUGAUGUGGUUAAGUUAAAAGAGUAUUAUUGUUAUUAUUGUUUAUAUUUGGUUUAAGUUAAAAGAGUUCAUGCAGAAACAUUAUUAUUUAUAACAUUGUUCUUAAAUUAUAGUCCA